CAGAACAAGAUGGCGCGUCCCAUACGUGCAGAUUUACAGAAAUAAGUUGAUCUGUAAAUACAGUUUUGGGGGCUAUUUACCUCAGAUCAGUGAUGGUUAUUUGCUAGAACUGUGCUACUAAUAGAUAUUGAUAUGGACACCCAGUGGUUUGAAUACAUUGUGGUGGGAUGUGGAGGCAUUGGAAGUGGAACACUGUUCUGGCUGGCCAAGAAAGUUGGUCCACAUGUACUUGGAUUGGAACAAUUUACAUUGGGACAUGACCAUGGAGGUUCCCAGGAUCACUCCAGAGCAGUGCGCUAUAACUACAUUGGUAAGGAGUAUGUGAGCUUAUGUAAGGGAGCUUUUGAAUGCUGGGCAGAUCUGGAGAAAGAGUCUGGAUUACCUCUAGUAUACAAAACUGGAGACGUUUCAUUUGCUGAAAAGAACACUGAACAGGAGAGGUACUUGGCCAGGAUGAAGGAGACAAUGGAUUCAUAUGGAAUCAGAUGUGAUUGCCUUGAUGGAGAGCGUCUAAAUGACAGGUUUCCACAGUUUACAAGAAACCCCAACUGUAAAGCUUUGUAUUUUCCCGAUAACGGAGUGAUUGACGCAGAUUUGGCUAAUGCUGCUCAUAUACAGCUAGCAAGAAAAUAUGGUGCAAGUAUCCGAGAAGGAGUGCGAGUUACUGCAAUCAGAAAAACAGGACAUGUAAUAUUGGUUGAGACAAGCCAUGGAGUAUUUGGAUGUCGCAAGGUGAUAGUUACUGCUGGAGCCUGGGUUAAUCAUGUUGUGAAAUCUGUAGGAUUGGAACUACCUCUUCUGACUACCAAGGAACAAGUGACCUACUUUGGAACACCUAACAUCAAGGAUUUCACAAAAGGAAAUUUUCCGUGCUGGAGUUACUAUUCACCUAAAGGCACAACGUUUUAUGGCCUACCAAUACAUGGAAAUUCAGGAAGUAAAGCUGGUAUAGAUGCAGUAGGAGACCUAGUCAACCCUGAUACACGCAACUAUACACCCAAUCGGAAAAACCUGGACAAGUGCAUAAGAAUGCUUCAAAAACAUAUACCAAAAUCAUUGGGUCCGAUUAUCCAGACCAAAACGUGCCUGUAUACAAUGACUCCUGAUCGUCAUUUUGUCAUUGACACUUGUCAUCGUACUGGAUUCCCUGAAGUCCUUGUGUGUUGUGGUGCGGGACAUGCAUUCAAAUUUGCGAGUGUCUUCGGCAAAAUUCUUACUGACUUGGUAACUGAUGGGCAGACGACCUUUGACCUCAAGCCAUUUACACUGGAUCGACCAGCUCUUACUGACCCGACCUUUGAACCACAAGUUAAUAUCAGCAAAUUUGAGAAAAGGACACAAACAAAUGAAAUAUCAAAACUAUGAAUCAACAUAGAAGUUCUAAAAGUUCUAAAAGUUCAAUCAUGAAUUUGCCUUAAAGACAUGGACACCUUUGGUAAUAUUGUCAAAGACCAGUCUUCUCACUUGGUGUAUCUCACUUGGUGUAUCU